GCCUUAUUGCUGAUAUGGAGAAAGUUUUAGGGAUCUGGAUGGAAGACUAAAUCAGCCACAACAUUCUCUUAAGCCAAAACCUAGUCCAGAGAAAGGCCCUCACUCUUGUCAGUUCUUUGAAGGCUGAGAGAGGUGAGGAAGCUGCAGAAGAAAAGUCUGAAGCUAGCAGAGGUUGGUUCCCAAGGUUUAAGGAAAGAAGCUGCCUCCAUAACAUAACAGUGCAGGAUGGAGCAGCAAGUGCUGAUGCAGAAGCUGCAGCAAGUUCUCCUGGAGAUCUAGCCAAGAUCAUUCAUUAAGGUGACCACAUAAUCAACAGAUUUUCACUGUAGAUGAAACAGCCUUAUAUUAGAAGAAGAUGCCAUCUAGGACUUUCAUAGCUAGAGAGAAGUCAAUGCCUGGCUUCACAGGGCUGUCUGGCUCUCUUGUUAGGGGCUAAUGCAGCUGAUGACUUUAAGUUUAAUCCAGUGCUCAUUUACCAUUCCAGAAAUCCUAGAGCUCUUAAGAAUUAUGCUAAAUCUACCCUGCCUGUGCUCUAUGAAUGGCACAACAAAGCCUGAGUGACAGCAAAUCUGUUUACCACAUGGUUUACUAGUUUUAAAAAGCAUGGCUAGUUUGAUCUUCUAGCCAGACCACUAAAACUUUCUCCAUAUCAACAAUUAGGCUGUUUUGCUUUCUUAUCAUUCGUGUGUUCACUGGAGUAGCACCUCUAAUUUCCUUCAGGAACUUUUCCUUUGCAUGGUUUCCUUUACAUGGUUUUACAUGGUUUACUGAAUAUUUUAAACCCACUGUUGAGACCUACUGCUCAGAAAAAAGAGAUUCCUUUGAAAAUAUAACUGUUCAUUGACAGUGUACCUGGUCACCCAAGAGCUCUGCUGGAGGACGUACAAGAUUGUUGUUUACAUGCCUGCUAACAAAGUAUCCAUUCAGGAGCCCAUGGAUUAAGGAGUAAUUUCGACUUUCAAGUUAUUAAGAAAUUUUAUUUUGCAAGGCUAUAGCUGCCAUAGAUAGUGAUUCCUCUGAUGAGUCUGGGCAAAGUAAGUUGAAAACCUGGGAAGGAUUCACCAUUCUUUGCCAUUAAGAACAUUUGUGAUGUGUGGGGAGAGGUCAAAAUAACAAUAUUAACAGGUGUUGAGAAGAAGUUGAUUCUAACCCUCAUGAAUGACUUUGAGGGGUUCCAGACUUCAGUGGAAGAAGUAAACUGCAGAUGUGGUGGAAACAGCAAGAGAACUAGAAGUAGAAGUGGAGCCUGAAGAUGUGACUGAAUUGUUGCAGAUGAGUAGUUGCUUCUUAUGAAUAAGCAAAAAAAUGAUGUCUUGAGGUGGAAUCUACUCCUGGUGAAGAUGCUGUGAAGAUUGUUGAAAUGACAACAAAGGAUUUAGAAUAGUUUAUGGUAAAUAUACCAGCUCUAGAACAAAUGAGUCAGAUUUUACACGUCUUGUUUAUAUUUUUACCCUUUCUGUGGGCACUUGGGACCCUGCCCCCGCCUGAUGCACUUUUCUUAUGGGCAAUGGAGCAGGUUUUAGAGUUUGGCCUUGGAGGUUCAUCUAUGUCAACCCACCUCCGGUUAUUAAUGAUGUUCAUCGUUUCUGCUGGAACAGCUGUAACAUCAUAUUUCAUUCCCAACACUCUUGGUGUGGUUCUUUUCAUGACUGGACUUGGAUUCUUACUUAGUCUUAACCUAAGUGAAAUGGGUUUUGUCUUCAAACACAGUGUAACGAGACACAGAGUUGGAACCAAAUCUAAGGCUUUACCUAGUGGCUCCAAAAAACAGUUUACUUGGAAGGAAUGCCUUUUCUACAUUGUUGUAUUAGUCUUGGCUCUCUUAGAAACUAGUUUGCUGCAUCACUUUGCUGGUUUCUCACAGAUUUCCAAAAACAGUCCCCAGGCUAUUGUUGGCUAUGUUUUGAUGAUAUUACUUACAUUACUGUGGUUACUUAGAGAAAUUCAGAGUGUCUAUAUCUUUGGAAUUUUCCGAAACCCUUUCUAUCCAAAGGAUGUGCAAGCUGUGACUUUAUUCUUAGAGAAGCAAACAAGGCUCCUGAAGAUUGGUGUUGUCAGGCGGAUUUUGCUAAAUCUAGUGUCACCUUUUGCUAUGAUAGCAUUUCUUUCAUUGGACAAUUCCUUACAAGGGCUCCACUCUGUGUCUGUCUCCAUUGGAUUCACAAGAGCUUUUAGAAUGGUAUGGCAAAAUACAGAAAAUGCUUUAUUGGAGACAGUCAUUGUAUCAGCAGGGCACUUGCUGAUCCCCAGUACAGACAUAUGGUGGAACAGAAGCCUGGAUACAGGAAUCAGACUCUUACUGGUUGGUAUCAUGCGUGAUCGUCUGAUUCAGUUCAUCUCUAAAUUGCAGUUUGCUGUGACUGUACUUUUGGCAUCAUGGACGGAGAAAAAACGUAGAAAAUCAACCACCACUUUAUGUAUACUCAACAUUGUCUUCUCUCCAUUUGUGUUGGUCUUCAUAGUUUUUUCUACACUACUCUCUUCUCCCUUACUCCCCCUCUUUACCCUUCCUUUGUUCUUGGUGGGGUUUCCACGACCUAGUCAGAGUUGGCCAGGAGUGGUGGGCACUGCAGCCUGCGUGUGUGCAGAUACAGUGUACUACUACCAGAUGGUCCCAAAUUUGACCGUUGCACUGCAGUCUGCGAUGGCAGCUGGAAGUUUAGGUCUCCUCUUACCUGGGUCUCAUUACUUGGGCCGUUUUCAGGAUCGUUUAAUAUGGAUAAUGAUUCUAGAACAUGGCUAUACUUACUGCUGUAUUAACAUUAAGGGAUUAGAAUUGCAAGAGACAUCCUGUCAUACUGCUGAAGCUCGAAAAGUUGACGAAGUUUUUGAAGGUGCCUUUGAACAAGAAGAAUACACAAGAGUAUGUUCCAUUAGUGAACACUUUGGAAAUGUCUUGACACCCUGUACCAUUUUGCCUGUGAAACUCUAUUCUGAUGCCAGGAAUGUCCUAUCUGGCAUAAUUGAUUCUCAUGAUAACUUGAAAGAAUUUAAAGGUGACCUUGUUAAAGUGCUUGUGUGGAUACUUGUUCGGUACUGCUCCAGAAGAUCCAGCAUGCAGGAGAAUGUUCAAAAAAUUGAAAAUAAAGGGAAAGCAUCUCUUAUAAUCCUGCCUGACUUGAAUACUUCACCACAAACCCAAUCCCCAGAAGAUACAGGUAGUUUAAAUUCAGAAACUUUGGAUGACUGGUCUGAUGACAAUGUUUUUGAUGAUGAGACAACUAUCAAAACAGGAAAAGAAGAGAAAGAUCAGUUGAAAGUUUUGCAAGGUAUAAAUGUGCCUAUUCCAGGAUCAGUAGUAUCACAGAGGGUUGAUGAUCAUUCUACUGGCACAGUUCCUGAAAACAGUCUUUACAAAGCAGUUAUAUUGGGAUACCCUGCUAUUGACAAAGGAAAACAUGAAGACAUGGUGUUUAUCCCUCUCAAGGAGUUCAGUUGUCCUCAUUCUCACUUGUUAAGCUUACCGGAAGAGUGGACAUCUAACUGUUUGCCUAAUUCCAAAAUGAAGGAGAUGAGCUCAUUAUUUCCAGAAGACUGGUACCAAUUUGUUUUAAGGCAGUUGGAAUGCUUUCAUUCAGAAGAAAACGUCCCAAAUGUACUGGAAGAAAUUGCAAAGGAUAGAGUUUUAAAAGACUUCUAUGUUCAUGUAGUACUGACUUGUUAUUUUAGUUUGUUUGGAGUAGACAAUAUGGUUCCUAGUCCUGGUCAUAUACUGAGAGUUUACAGUGGUGUUUUGCCUUGGUCUCUUGCCUUGGAUUGGCUCACAGAAAAGCCAGAACUAUUCCAAAUAGCACUGAAAGCUUUCAGAUAUACUCUGAAACUAAUGAUUGAUAAGGCAAGUUUAGGUCCAAUAGAAGACUUUAAAGAGCUGACUGACUGCCUUGAAGAAUAUGAAAGGGACUGGUACAUUGGUUUGGUAUCUGAUGAAAAGUGGAAGGAAGCAGUUUUACAAGAAAAACCAUACUUGUUUUCUCUGGGGUAUGAUCCUAAUAUGGGAGUUUACACUGGGAGAGUACUUACCCUUCAAGAAUUAUUGAUCCAAGUUGGGAAGUUAAAUGCCGAAGCUGUUAGAGGUCAGUGGGCCAAUCUUUCUUGGGAAUUGCUUUAUGCCACAAAUGAUGAUGAGGAACGUUACAGUAUACAAGCUCAUCCACUACUUCUAAGAAACCUUACGGUACAAGCGGCUGACCCUCCCCUGGGAUAUCCAAUUUAUUCUUCAAAACCUCUCCAUAUACAUUUGUAUUAGAGCCCAUUUUGACUUGUAUUGUCAUCAAAUGAGAUCUUUUUAUUUUUUCAUUCUAGAAAAGUAAGAAUCUGAUUCCUCAUAACUUCCAGGGCCUUUCCUCUCUCCUCCCACGUGCCUGAGAAAAGCUAAGCUCUUUAAAGUUGAUUCUCUUAGCUAUCUUAAUGAUUAAAAAAAACCAACUUUAUGUCUAAUCUCAGAGUUAGAACUAGUUGGCCAAUAUUUGUGCCCUAUGAAUUGUGGUGGGCUUUGGUAAAUAUAAAACAUUUGUAGAAGAUUGAUAAUGAAUUUUUUAAUGCUUUCUUAAAUGUGUGGUAGGUGAUUUGCCUUACAGAAGUCAACAACUGUAUAAUUUUUACAUACUUAAAAGAUAUACAUAUCUGUGUUUUUAAGUAAUGAUAGUGGAUCUCAUUGAA